AACGCAAUUCAUAGCGUUUUGUUGGGGAAAUAAACGAAACCUCCUUAAACCCCAAAACCGCCGUGUCGCCGAAAAACCUCAGCGGAAGAGACAACAAUGGCAGCCAUGAAGCUUCUACUCUCUCAAGCUCGUCGCCAUGGCAUCACCAAGCCAUUCUCUUCUCCAUUUCCACACUUCCCCAGACACCUCUCUUCCUCGUCCUCCGAUUCGAAUCCUUCGCCGGAUCCGAAUCCGAGCGAAUCCCCGAGAAAGCCCGCCACUGUCCAACCAGUAUCCUACGCCGUCAAACCCAAAGACCCCACCGCAGAAGAUGCUUCUUCGCGGCCGCAGGACGAAUCGGCGCAGAGUCGUCAGCCACAGGGGUUCCCGGAUUCGGUGGCUACGGAGGCUCGCACGAGCUGGACGCGCGAGGAAAUUCGCUACGUGAAGGAUGCUCCUUCGAUCUCACCGGUGUCGUACCCGAAGCGUGUGGCUCCGCUUCCGGAGGAUCGAAUCGUGGCUUCGGGAGCGGAGGAGAACGCGGAGGAGAUGGAGAAGGAAAGGAAGAGGAUCGAAGCGGAUAAUCGGGCCAGGAGACGGUAUUUCAGAGCUUCUCCGGUGGAAGAUGAUACUGCUUCGCUUCCAUUGCCAACAUUGCUUAAGCCGGAGCUGAAGCAGGGAAAGAGACCUGUUUUCGAUCUCAUGGACGCCAUAAGAGAGAUAAAGGCCAACGCCAAGGCAAAAUUCGACGAGACUCUAGAGGCACAUGUGAGAUUGGGUAUUGAAAGAGGCCGAUCUGAGCUGAUAGUUCGUGGUACUUUGGCUCUACCCCAUUCCGUGAAGAAGGGGGUGAAAGUGGCGUUCUUUUCUGAAGGUUCUGAUGCAGAGGAUGCUAGGGCUGCAGGAGCAGAUAUCGUAGGCGGUCUUGACCUUAUCGAGGAAAUCUCAAAGAGCGGCAAGAUUGAUUUCGACAGAUGUUUUGCAACUCCCCAAAUGAUGCCUCGUGUUUAUAAGAUAUCAAGGAUUCUUAACAAUCAUGGUUUGAUGCCAAACCCCAAACAAGGCAGUGUGACCAAGGAUGUUGCAAAGGCUGUCAAAGACGCAAAGGCUGGUCACACCAAAUUUAGAAUGGACAAAACUUCUAUCUUACAUGUGCCGCUUGGAAAGUUGAGCUUUCCGGAGGAGGCUUUACGGGAGAAUGUUGGUGCGUUUAUGAAUGCUCUUUUACAGGCAAAGCCCGCCGGGUUGAAAAAGACUUCAAAGUAUGCUGGUUAUGUGAAUGCAUUCCACUUAUGCAGUACGAUGGGUCGGGGUUAUCCCGUAUCGAUUCAGUCGUUAUCCCGAGCAGCCGAUCUCUAUACCAAGCUGCAGCUCAAGUGAUCCAAUACACAACAGUCCGUACUCUCAUCCCUGUACUUGAUGCUGUCAGUAGACUCCCC